AUGGACAUGAUGGAAAUGCCCACUGACGAGGUCACAUUUAUCAAAACUUUACGACAUUUUGGAAGAUCCCCUGGACCAAUGGGAUACAGCAACCCAAAGUACAUGGCAUUUACGGCCACGGAAGCGAGGCGUUUCCCCAACUUGGUGAACUUACACUCAGUGAUGAGGAAAUUACGAAAUGGGCAUCUUCCUACCACCUCGACAUUUACAACAUUAAACGCGACUAAAAUGGAUGACAUAACCGGCGAUGGCAACCAUCCCAAUAAGAGAGGAAAAGGAAGGAACAAAAGUAAAUUUGUCAAGAGAAAUACUAUUUCACUUUCAGACUCACCGUAUCCUAUCACUACGAUCUCCGGCCCUUGCGAAACGACUAUUGGAGGGCUUCAAAAGCUCUGUUCGGUUUGUCCGGCUGUGACAGACCUGGGUCCGACCAGGAGCCCGCGAUACAUCAACGAACUGUUGUGCGGAGGAGAUCAAUUCUGUGGGAUAGAAGGCGUGCAAGGAAUUUGCCAAAACACCGUUAUCAUCCAGGAUUUUCUGGUGAUCACAGGUGACCAAAUGAACGUGUAUUCGCAACCCAUCCGUGCAUGUUGUGAUUGCACUAUAUUUCCGUAA